AGUCAAUCAACCCUUAGGCCACGCCUCCCUGGCCUGCGCAUGCCCAGUCUCGGACUCGGCCUUUUCCCUCAGCAGAGCCCGGUGGAAGACAGAGCUCUUCGGACGGAGGAAGCGGUCAUUACUGCCCGGAUUUCGAACCGUAAAUCACAGCGAGGUCCCCGGCUUCGCGUGAGAAGGCUCCGGAGCCUUCGCAGGACGGCUGAAAGGCGAGGCUUGGCUGCCCCCGGCCUUUAGCCGCCUUUGUCCCGAUCCCGUCAAGGUCACUCACCGAGCCCCGCAGGUCACAGGAACGAGCCUGCCUGGUCCGGAGGCCCCGGAGGCUAAAAUGGCGGACCCGGGAACGGCAGGGCCGAGGGGGGAGGCGGACCAGAGUUCCCCGAAAGUCUCCGCGGGGCCCAAGUUGGCCGCUAAAACAGCCGCGGCCAGGCCGAAGGCGACAGCCCUCCCCUGCCAGGGAGCCUCGAAGGCCGCUGACAAAAGGGCCGCUGAGGCGGAAGCAGCGCCAAAGGGGGGGCGGAGACCCCCCGCGGAGGAAACCGUUGGAGUUUCUCGCGCUUUUCCAGCCCAGCAACCCAGCCAGCCAAUCGGCGCGAAGCACCAGAGUCCCCUGGGCUCUCAGGCCGGGUCGCCAGGUGGCGCCAGAGAGCAGCUGUCUCUGCCCUCCGACCAGGCUUUUAUGGCUCCUGAUUCGAAGCCGCCGCCAGGAGAAGGGCAGCCACCGCCUAAGCGGAGGAAGGGGGCGCCAGAGGCCAGCUUUACUCCCACGGCGGUGGCGGGACUUGGCCCACAGGAGAGUCAGGGCCCUGAAAUCUCUGACCAGAUGAAAAUCCUGAUAUCGGAGGCCAUAGCGCAGGGCAUCGCGGCAGGCCUGCAACAAAAACCUCAGGCUGCUCCGGGACCCCCGGAAAAUCCCCAACAUGAAGAGCAACACAGAGGAUCCACCAGAAGGCUCUUUUACCCAGCCCUCUUUAAAUCCUUGUUACUCAAGGCCAAAGCCACAACAGGUAUGGGAGCGGAGCCAGCGUUGGAGCCCGUGGACCCGAAUGAGUUGCUCUUUUCACAGCCAACCAUAGAGAGCGAGGAAAUCCCCUCCCCUGAAUUAUUCCAGAGGGUGAUCCAAAAGAUAUGGGCCCAACCGGGGCCAUGCCCUCCCCUAAGUGAGGACGAAAAAAUGUUAUAUAAUAUGGCCCCCGAUUUUUCUCACGCACUGGAACCACCGACUAUAGAUGGUCCAGUGGCAGCCUUGGUAUCUUCCACCAUUGUGGCUUGCUGUGAAGAUGCACUGAGCCCAGAGGAGAGGAAGGUGGAGCAGACCCUCUGUAACGUGCACAAGACGGCUGCCAUGGCAAUCAAAACAUCGACAGCUGCCUCAUUUUUCAACAGGGCCUCAUUGAUGUGGCUCCGCCAGAUGCAAGCGAGGAUUCCCUCUGGUGACCUUCGCUUCCACCAGGACAUCGACAAUGUGAUAGCGGCUACGGAAUUCUCUGCAGAUGCCACCUUGAGGGCAGCCAAGUUUGCUUCCAAGGCCCUUGCCUCUUCGGUGGUGGCCCGGCGACAACUGUGGCUUCGCCAUUGGGAGGUGAGCGCAAACCAUAAGUCCAAACUAGCCUCUGCUCCGUACAAGGGGGGCAUGCUGUUUGGAGAGGCCCUAGAUUCCCUUCUGGUGAAGACUAGGCGUGGGAGAAAGGUCCUGCCUUCUCAACGUAGACCAGCUGCCCGCCGUGGAAAAAAUUUCCGUGGGGCUUCCUUUCAGCCCACAGACAGGGGGUUUAAUGCCCCUCAACCCCAGAAGGCAUACACCCAUAGACCAGACUGGCAACCAGACAGAUCCGAGUUCAAGGACAAAAACAGAGGAUACUUCCAAGGCAAGCGACCAUUUCGGGGCAGCGGCCAUCGCCCCUUUCGCCGCUCCAAGUGAUGACACAUCUAACCCUCCCGUUGGUGGGCGCUUAAGCCUAUUCUCCAAUCUGUGGGAAGGAGCUCCAAUGGAGACCUUUGUCCUGAGACUAGGUCUCGCCCUCAAAUUCCUCUCCACCCCCCAGCCCCGAGUUUCCUAAUACGUUGCCCCAUCUGUCUUUAUUUUAAAAGAUUUUUAUUUUAUAUUUACAAUAAUUCCAUUUCAAUCGUGUGUUGACUGUGUACAUCUUCUGCUUACAAUUAUAAAUAAUAUUUUUUUACCAAUAUAACAAUCCCAUUUCUUAUAGCUAUUACGUUUUAUUUUUAACAAUCUUAAACCUAUUUCUCUAGAUUUUCAUCAACGCCGUUUUAAUUUGUUUUACUUUCCAACCAUUGAUAAAAUAAAUCCCAUACCGUAUAAUAUUCCGUUUGUCCUUUUUCUUUCAUUACCAGCGUUAACACAUUCAUCUCUACAUUCAAAUAUUUUCUCGAUUACUUUUUCCUCUGUCGGUAUCUUAUCACUUCCAAUUCUUAUCGAAUACAAUUCUAGCUGCUGUUAAUACAUGUAUAAUUAAAUAUGGUUUUUCUUCACUGUAGCCUUCAGGUACCAUCCCUAAUAAAAAUAUUUCAGGUUUCAAAUCUAUAUGUGUUAUUUUU